AUGGACUUCUGGCGAUGGGGAUCAAGCGGAGCCCAGGCGAUCCUGGUCUAUUGGCGGCUUAGACACAUUCCCGGUCCGUUCUGGGCCAAGUUCAGCGAUGUUCAACGCGUCCUCUGGGUCACGACGCGAAAUGCCCACGUGUUUCAUCAACGAGCUCACGAGCGGUAUGGCGACGCCGUGCGGUUUGGCCCCAACAUGGUAUCCUUGGCCGAUCCAGCAUGGAUUCCCACCGUGUAUCCCAUCCGGCCGGGGUUUCCUAAGAGCAAUUUCUACCGCACCCUGAUGCCCUACACGAGAAGCGGGGGUGCGCUCCCUGCCGUCUUCAACACGCGAGACGAGGAACUACACAAGAAGAUCAAGAGCCCAAUAGCACCGCUCUUCUCAUUGUCUAACACGCUGCGGCUGGAACCGUUUGUGGACAGGACGAUCGACGUCAUGACGGCCCAGAUCGACCGGCGUUUCGCGGACAAGGACGUCACGUUUGAUCUAGCCAACUGGCUGCAGUUCUUCGCCUUCGAGGUCAUGGGCACCCUCACCUUUUCGAAGCGCUAUGGGUUUCUUGAGGAGGGCCGGGACAUCAACAACAUGCUCAGCACAAUCUGGGAUUACAUGAGCACAGCAGCCCCGUACACGCAAAUUCCCUGGUUCGACGAAUUCUGGAACAAGACGGCCCUGAUGACCAGCAUCAAGGGCAAGACAACCGGCAUGGGCAUUCUGGGAUAUGUUGGACGCUUCAUUGCUGAGCGAAAAGAAGCCCAAGCCGCGGGCGGCAAAAACGGAGACGGGCCAGGCGACCGUGACAUGCUGUCCCAGUUCAUGGAACUCACAGAGAAAAACCCCAGCCUGCCUCCCUGGGCCGUCACGGCCUGGACCUUCUCCAAUGUCAUUGCUGGGUCGGACUCUACGGCGGCUGUCAUGAAAGAAGUCAUGUACAACCUCCUAGCGCACCCCGACACAUUGAAGCGCCUGCGCGCUGAGCUGCUUGAGUCCGGGCCCCUGAGCAAGCCGUAUCCGUCGUGGAAGGACAUAUGUGACCUGCCCUACCUGGACGCCUGCGUGCAGGAGGGCGUCCGCCUGCAUCCGCCGUUCUGCCUGCCCCUGGAACGCGUGGUCCCCGAGGGGGGCAUUAUGAUCGGAGGCAGAUUCUACCCUGGAGGCACAGUAGUGGGAAUGAGCCCCCACGUCAUCAACCGGCACAAGCCGACUUUUGGCGAGGAUGCCGACGUUUGGAAUCCUGACCGGUGGAUGGUUUCCAAAGAACUGAGGAAGAAACGAGAGGAUGCCAUCUUGACGUUUGGCUCCGGGCGACGCGUUUGCCUUGGAAGACACAUCGCCAUGCUGGAACUGAAGAAGAUCGUAUCUGCGCUGAUUCUACGAUACGACUUCGAUCUUGUUGAUCCCAAGAGAUACUGGAAAGAGAAUGGGUGGUUCUUCCGGCAAGGCGGCAUCGACGUUACGGUGAAGAAGCGCGUUGAGGCUUGA